GAGGAACCUUCUUUGGGAACAGCAUGGCAGAUCUGAGUGGUUGUUGUGCUGUGUCCAUGGAGACCCUAUUUGCAAAUCACUAAUGAAAAUAAGUAGGCAGUCAUUGCAAAGAACUUCAGCUAACCUUUACCAGAAUGUGAAGAGAAAUAGGCUGUGGAUCUUGGAAGGGUAAACAUCUGAAAGAUGGCUUCUAUACUGACCUCCAGUUUAAGAUUUACUAGUCCACACAGUAUUAAACGAUGGCAACUGGAAAGCAUAGGAGUUACUUCUAGAGAUCCAGACAUGGCAAGUCAAGAUGCUACUAUGUAUGCACCGCAGAAUGUUUGCUCACAAACUAGGUUCAGUGCUUGGACACCAAUAACAGACAAAGCAGCUAAUUUACAGUUGUUCCAGGAGAGAGUAAACCUUGUAUGCCACUGGUUUGACAUGUGGACUGAUAAACAGAGGAAACAGUUUAUACACAUGAUAUUGACACGGUGCAGUAAAUCACAGUUAAGGUUCACUCGAGACUGGUUUGUGGAGAGCAUUCCUGUGACUAAGGUGGAUUUUACGACAGUCUUACCACGUUUCAUUUCUUUGUACAUUUUCUCCUUUCUUAACCCUAAAGACCUGUGCGCUGCUGCUCAAGUGAACUGGCACUGGAGGUUUCUUUCUGAACAGGAUUGUUUAUGGAUGCCCAAAUGCACUAAAAUGGGUUGGUUCCUGCCUUACACACCAUCAGUCAAUGAAUAUGGAUCCUGGAAAAGACAUUAUGUUGCCUGUGCAACUAGCUUGGACUACUUAACCCCACGAGAGGCAUCUGAGAUUUAUGGAACUCUGAAUGAACCCAAACAAGACAGCGAAGAGCAAGAAGAAAGAAUGAAAGAAAAACUACUAAGAAAGCUAAUUCAGGAACGAUUAGCACAGCAUAAAAGAAACCUGAUUAAGUCACGUCCACCCUGGAAUGCUGGGACUUGGAACCCUGCAGUGUUAGCAUCUGGACUGCAGACAAGUGCAUCCAUAAAGAGUCAACACCAAGCAGGCCUUACAGCAGCCUUACUUCUGAUACGGAAUGAAAUUUCAAAGCCAGGGCUAACCCUUUCAAAACAGAUUUUUGAAGACAGCAAGUCUUUAAGUUAUUUGAAUAACACAAAGGAAAAAGAACUAGUGCAAAUGUCUCUCAGGAGUCUUCCAAAAAGGAAGAAUAUGGCUGGAACAUCUUCAUACCCUGCAUUGUCUUACAGACAGUGUAAUGAGGUGCAGAAACUAUACAGCAGCCCGCCUCCUUUAACUCAGCCACGCAUUAUGCUGAUAUCAUCCAGAAUUCCUGCAUAUGAGAUGGUUGUAAACAGUGUGAAAGUCAAUACCAUCCCUUUGACUUAUGAUUACACUGGCUUAUCCCUGGAAAGCCUACUGCUACAUGUGGAAAAUGCUCUCCAAGGUCAACAGGCAAAAAGCAUUGGGAUUGUUACAGAUGGAGACCCAGGAGAGAUAAACUUGCUGCAAGGUUACAGAAUUGAUGCCAAGAGUGUUCUUAAUCCACCAGUGCGAGAGUUUUGGGAAAAGUUAGGAAGCUGUGUCAUUCCAAAGGAACAGAGAGGCUCUAUUGAUAUAUUUGUCCCCCUGGCAGCUUCAGAUAUGGGGAUGGAAUUGCUGUCUCAGCUGUCUCAUCUAAGUGAUGUGAGCUUCAACUGCCCUGCGGGGAUUGUCACAGGAUCUUACCAGCACAUCCUUGGCAGCUGGCUAGGAAAAUCAGACAAGACAGCUAUACCUUUAGUCUACUUCAAUGAGGCAAAGCUGCUAGUUUGGUGUCGUCUGGCAGAAGUGCUUGAGGAGUCACUGAAGCUCAUCCGGAAGCAGAUCAAGCCAUACAUGAGCGAUUUUCAGAGGGACAUCUGCAGCCGAAUAAUUGGACAGUUUAUGUUUGAUUCAAUGAGCAUGGCAAAAAUCGAGGAGAAUAAGGAAGUGGCUCAGACAUUGACUGAAGCACUGAGUGCCCUAGCAUCUGCUGCCUCUAAUAAUCCUUUGGAGUUCUUGACUGUCUACCUCAUGGGAAAAGUGAAGCAUACUGAAGGACUGAAGCCUAGUCAAACUUUUCUGACUGAAAGCAACUCAGAAGCAGCAAAUCUAAGUGCAGUUUUGAAGGAGGAAGAUUGUGAGGAAGGGCAUGGUAACAUAGGAGGUGUGACGUAUCAUACUGCUAAAAGUGAACAAACUUUUCAAGAACUGAACAGGAAGUUACUGAGGGAAGUGGCCGACAAGCGCACUGCAGUUGCCAGGGAGAUGCUAACAAGUGAAAAGAAUUAUGUACAGCUGCUAACAGCAGUAAAGGACCUUUAUGUUUCCCCUUUGAAGGCAGCACUGGCCUCUAAUCGAGCAAUUUUGGGUGUUGCCAACUUGCAGAUUAUCUUCUCUGACAUUCUGGAUAUCCUGGACAUCAACAGACAGUUUUUGGAAGAACUGAAGCUAAGAUUACAUGAGUGGAACACAACACAGUGUCUGGGAGAUGUUUUUACCAAGUUCAGCACACGUCUGUCAACCUACACAAAUUUCUUCAACAACUACACAACAGCUCUAAAAACCCUUGAUAAGUGCAGAGAAUCAAUUCCACAAUUCAGAGCUUUUUUGAAAAGACACGAUAAAACAUAUUCCACAAAAAUGAUGAGCCUACAGGAAAUUUUGCUAUGCCCAUCCAAACGGUUUGAAGAGUAUGUAACCCUUUUGUAUGCACUGCGGCUUCACACCCCACCAGAUCACAGUGAUCGCCCAGACCUCAGUGCUGCCAUUGAGCAAUUGAAGCAGUACAGAGAUUACAUACGCCAGCUGAAGAUGAGUAUGGAUAGAGAUAAUCAAAUGGCCGAAGCACAGCACAUGAUUCAAGGCUGUCCUAAUCUGCUGGAAGGAAACCGAUACUUAAUCCGUUUGCAGAACGUAGCAUUGCUUCAGUGCCAGGAUGAAACAAUUAGUCAUCCUCUGAGGAUGUAUGAACACAUCAGUGACCUUAGCCUUUUCCUCUUCAAUGAUGCAUUGGUCCUUGCAGUCCGCAGUAUUACCUCUGUGCCAUUCGAAUGCAGUCACAGGACAGCUCAUCAGUUCUUGGCAUCAGUUGCCCUACGCAGACUCAUUGUGCAAGAUAUUGCAGAUUCCAAAUAUACUCAGAAUGCAUUUCUUCUGCAAGGCCCAAAACGACAGUGGGUUUGUUGCACAGAGACAGAAGAGGAUAAAAUAACCUGGUUAUCUGUCCUGGAAGGUGCCAUAAAUGCUGCCAUUGAUGGGAAGUAAUUUCAUACAAAGACAAACUGUGUUGUUUCUGUAUUGCUGUAACCGAGGGCUAACUCUGAUAUUUGCAUAAACAUCUGUGGUUCAUAAUGAAGGGUCUACAACUUGCUUAGAAAUGAUUUAUAAAGGGACCUGGUUGAUUGAUUAUACAUCACAAUAUGUCAUUGUACGACAACAGACAGCAUUGCUUUUCUUAUUUUAGAAUGCCGCAUAUUAAAUCUUUUGACUGUAUUCAUACAAAUCUUCUGUGUUAGGUGCAGAUUUUCUACAGUUGUGUGCCAUAUGCCCUUAUAUUAUGAAACAUCAAGAUAGGUUGUUGUUUAGAAAAUAUCAUUUUCUCAUUAAACUGGAUUAAAGCAAAUCAAGAUAUGACAUUAA